UUUAUACUAGGAUGGAGCAGAUGGCGUUCGUUCGCAAGGCACAAAUUCAAAACUCCUCGAAAACAAAGGCAUGUCUAGUCUUGUUGGAUCUGUAGUCAUUGUUGGAUUGUUACGGUAUGGCUGAUGCGGGCUUAAGUUUAGAUGACAUAAUUAAAAAGUCGAAAUCAUCAGGAAUGAGAAGCAGAGGUGGAGGUGUUCGGAGAGGAAUUACAAGGGGUGCACGUGCUAAUGGUUCGUUAAGAGGACGUGGGUCAAAAGUAAUCACAGAUGCACGAUUUAAAAUCAUACAAAAGAAUCGGGAGAAGCUUACAGAUGCAAGAGACAAACUUGCUGAAAUUGCAAAACAGACUGAUGCUAGAUUGAAAUUAGAUAAGAUUCGUGCAUCUCAGUUGAAAAAAAUAGAAACACAGAUACCUGGAAUUUCACGAAAAGCAGGUCGCAAUGGAAGAUUAUCUUUGUCGACGAAUAAAAUACCUCCAAUCAUGCCACCUGCGAUGCCACAGAAUAUUCCAAACAAUUACAUGCCGCCACCCACAAGGACAGUGGGUUAUAGACCACCUGCGCUUGCAGAAUCUCAUUAUAUGGGAGACAUGAACAUGGAUUACAAUGAUGAUUAUAUAAUGGAAACUGCACCUUUAAGAAGAACUGUAAGUAACGAAUAUGCUCCUACACCACCUCCGCCACCUCCUGUGUUCAGUAUUAAACCUGCAUCUUCAUACACAUGGGUAAAACCAGCAAGUAGCAAUAUAACAAGAAUUGUACCUUCGCGUAAGCCUGAAGUUGAGAGGGAACAUGAAAGGGCAAGGGAUUACAAAGUUAUUGCACGUUCUUCGAUGGUAAAUAUGCCUACAAAACCUCCUUCUCCUUCGUACAAAGAAGAUUGGACUUUUGGCACAAAAUCACGAACUAUAUUAGCAGAAGAUCCAGUGGAUCCAAAGUAUUAUGAUUCACGAAGUCACAGAGAUAUUGGUGUAAAAUCACGAUUAGAUUCAGUUCCAAAUAAAUCACGAAUCAUGGGCGUUUUAUCUCGGUCAAAAACAAGUUCCAGUUCGUCGUCAUCGCAAUCAACUGGUUAUCGAAUUGUAGUAUCCAAUUUACAAGCAAACGUUACACAAGAAGAUAUAAAGGAGUUAUUUGAAGAUGUAGGAGAAUUAUUAGUGUCCAGAUUAGUGCGGCCUGGAACAGCAGAAGUAAUUUAUAAAACAUUAAAGGAUGCUACAAAAGCCGUUGAAACUUAUCAUAACAGACAAUUAGAUGGUCACCCAAUGAAAUGUCUUCUUGUAAAUCCACGACCAAAAAAUAAUCCAACAGGGCCUGCAGUAAGGUCCCUUACAGAAUCAAGAAGAAGCGUUAGUUCAAGUUAUGUACAACCAAGUUUAGGAGCAGUGCAUCGCGCAUUGUUCGAUGAUUCUUAAAUAAAUGUAUUUAAUUCUAACAAGAAAAUGUCAUGUAUAAUGGCAAAAAUGAAUUUUAUUCCAAAUAUUUCUAAAAGAUGGUAAAUACAAGGGAACUAGGUAUGAAAUCAUGAGAUUAAAGAGACAAGUAAUGUGUAGAGAAACUUCGGAGCGAAAUUUGUAUCUAUAAAAUAUCACUUAUUUUAUUUUUAAUUUGUAUAAACUCAGUAUGCCUCAACAGUUGAUGAAAAUAAAUACGAUAGAAAAUGAAUUUAAACUAAAUGUGUAAACAACAGGCACAAAAAUGCUUCUUGUACAUUUAAUAUAUCGAAAUAAAAUGAUAAGCACUUAGGAAUUUUUAA